AGUGACAUCACAAAGUGAGAAGGACACCAGCAAAGAGUAAAAACAACAGGGCAGCUACCAGGCCCUGGGGCAGGCUGAGCCACGGAGCGCGCUGGACUCCGCCGCUGCUCUAAAAGGGGAGCGAUCCACGACUGACAGCAAUCGUGGCCUUCAAGAGGGCCUGGAGACACGGGCACCUCUCCAGUUAUGUUUUAACUUCGAUCAUUCUGUGUGCAUAACUAGGCUGUAUCAAAAGCGCUACAGGACGGAAAAUCUCUAGCACAACGCAGCUCGUUUGGAAAACGCAGCCGACCGGAAGAAGAAUCAGCAACCAAUCGGCGCCCGGGUCUCAGCGGCCAAUCAAACCUCGCCUUUCACUGCCGCGCCGGAACUAGACCUCGGUUGUCUGGGUCUCUGCUGUCCCCUGCCCGGCCGAGCACCCGUGAGGCCGCGCUCGUUACCUGGACACAGGGGACGGCAGUUCAGCCCCGGUCUGCUAGCUGCUUUGCUUGUCUUUGUCCCCAGCCUCUGCUCGUGGGAUGCACUCCCUGAACCAGGAAAUCAGAGCAUUCUCCCGGAAUAAUCUCAGGAAGCAGUGCACCAGGGUGACCACGCUCACGGGGAAGAAAAUCGUAGAGACGUGGAAAGAUGCCAGGAUUCAGGUGGUGCAAGAAGUAGAGCCCAGCAGUGGGGGUGGUUGUUUCUAUGUGCAGGACCCUAGCUCCGACCUGCAGGUCGGCGUGGUGAAGCCUUGGUUGCUCUUGGGGUCACAAGAUGCUGCUCAUGAUCUGGAUGUACUGAAAAAGCACAAGGUGACUCACAUUCUCAAUGUUGCAUAUGGAGUUGAAAAUGCUUUCCCCGAUGAGUUUACAUAUAAGAAUAUUUCUAUAUUGGAUCUGCCUGAAACCAGUAUCCUGUCUUAUUUUCCAGAAUGUUUUGAAUUUGUUGAACAAGCAAAAAUGAAGGAUGGUGUGGUUCUUGUUCACUGUAAUGCAGGAGUUUCCAGAGCUGCUGCAAUUGUAAUAGGCUUCCUGAUGAAUUCCGAAGAAAUCUCAUUUAGUAGUGCUUUUUCUUUGGUGAAAAAUGCAAGGCCUUCGAUAUGUCCAAAUUCUGGCUUCAUGGAACAGCUUCGUAUGUAUCAAGAGGUCAAAAAAAGCAAUAUAUGGGACAAACUACCGGAAUCGGAAAGGGACAGAAAUUCACAAGUUGCAGAUGAUGGACAAAUGUAAUUUUGAAUUGGUCUUUGUAGGUGUCUUUCUUGUUGGAAAAUAGACUACUAAAAAUUCCUUUUCUUUUGUUUUUCACCAGUGGAAAUGGAGGUCAAUUUGAUUGUUCUAAGCUAGUAUAUGAAAUACAUUUUUAAAUUAUAUUACUUUCUUUCUUUUUUUUUCAGUCUUGAGUUUUCAA